AAAUCCUAUCUGUAUUAAGAUCGCUAAAGUGUAUCUAGCGAGACACCGCUAAACAACUAUGUGUUAAAGCAGUAGCUAUUGAAAUUAUCCUUUAAUAAAAAUUAAUACUACAUUUUGCUCCGAAUUAUGAGAUAUCGCUAAUUCCGCGGUACUAAAAUUUGCAACGGUCUUACGCUACGAUACGAGUAGUGGAAUUUAAAUACAGGACAACGGUAAUUUAAGGAGCAAUUUUACAAAAAGUGAAUGAUCCACUUUGAUAAAUUGGUCCCCAAGGAAUCAUUCAAAAAUGGAAUUAAGUCGUCCCAUUCCACGCCCACAUAUGGCCGUUACAUUACCCGAAAUUCUACGUGAAAUAACGUCGUUCCUUCCCAAUUACGACCUUCACAAGAGCGUCACCCUGGUUUCCCGCGGAUGGGAAGAUGCCGCUCGAAAACGACUCCUUUCUCGCGUCUGUGUCAACCUCACCCCGGAAAACGUGGCGGGAUACCUUGAAGCCACCAAGAUUCGCGGAAAGCACCACAAGCACGUGUUCCUUCGUGAUUUCAAUUUUGAAAAUCUGUCCAGGGAGGAGUCUAAAAAGUUGGAAAAUUUCAACUUCACCGCGACCACCCCCAUUAACAAGUUACGCUUGGAUUAUUUUCCUUACGGAUGGUUCAUCCAUCCCCGGGUCGUAACGCUAUUCUCCCAUUGCCCCAGACUAGAAUCUGUCACUUUCUCCCCAAAAACUUUAAGAACUCAAACACUCAAAAGUUCUCCCCCAAAGGAUGUAAGUUUUCCAAAAGUUGUAGCCUUCGAGAUUUCCUUGGCGUCUGAUUAUUCAGAAUUCGAGGAAGUAAUGAGAUCCAUAAAGUUGCCAGAUUUUCUCGGUAUCAUUUCAAUAUUCCCGAACCUUAAAAUAUUGCGGUGUACCGCACUAUCACAAAAUAUUAUGGAGUAUUUUCUAUCCGAUAAGACGUCAAUUAGAGAAAUUUCGGUGAGAUUGCGAAAUACGGAUCCACUCAUUUCGAUACAAAAUCGAUCCAUUUUUCUGACCGGGAUAGAAUUUCUGGUCGGAAUUGCAGCCAACUCGAGAAAUUAUGACGUAAUUCUUGCCAUUUUUGCCGACCAGCUGGAAAAAUUAAAACUUGUCGCGGAAUACAACCUUCCACGGAGAUUAUUUGAAUUGGCUGAUGUCCAGGUACUCGUGACAAUUAAUUUGCCAAAGGUGUUGCCAAGGCUGAAAUGUUUGGAAAUUGGGAUCGUUCGAGAGGCUAGCUUUGGUUCCCGUCUUGGAGAAAUUAGUGGUCGCAGAGCUGGAUGAAUGUGAGCCCAGAUACAGGGACCCAAAUGACUUGGAGGAGGGACAAGAGUGGUUCGAACUUUGUGCGGGAUUUUUUUCAAGAUAUUUCCUGCUGGGGGAGUGUCAAACCGUGAGAGAGGUGACGUUUCCACUACCUCCCGGGAAAAGGGUGGGGUUUAAAUUGUUUCAAAAAUUGGGGGGUGGGAGAAAUAAUGUUAUUUCUGAGUUGGUGGAUUGUUCCGAUUUUUAUGAAAGGAUAGUGACCACGUUUCCGAAUUUGAGGUGGGAAAUGUUUGAGGGGGUGGAUCCUGAGAGGGUGGAAGAAUGGGUGCGGAUCGGGUCCGAGAUAGGAUUGCUGACGAAGGAAAAGUUGAAGUUGAAGUAAUAGAGUUAAGUACGAUUUUGAUGGAAAUUUUGAAAAUAUUUACCAGAUACUUCUUGAAAUUUUGUAAAUUAUAAAAAUUAUGGUAAUGCAAAUUUUUAAUAAUUGUACUCAUGAAUAAUAAUUUGUGCGAGCUGAAUAUAUGGGAUGUAAGAAGUCCACGUUUUCUAAGGUUAGACUAUGUAUAAAUUAUCUGUUACAUAUUUUUGUUCAGGUUUCCUUAGAGGAAACUAACGUGAAACUGAUAAAAGUUGCCUUUAAUGUUUGAAUUGCGCUGAUGUAUUUAGAUAUGUAUAUUAAAUGUUUUGAAAAAAUUCGUUUUGCACUGUACAAAUCAUAGGGUUUGAGUAUAUCUCCGAGUUUCUAUUCGAGACGUCUAAUUUAGAAACCUAUAUUAAAAUUAAAUUAAAUACGCUUCCUAAAUAUUAUUCGUUAACCCAAUAUUUACACUUUUAUGACUUAGGAUUAACUAAAACUGAAAUUUAUAUUUACCCACGUACAUAAAUAUGUAUGUACAACCCGUUAGAUACAUAUAUAAUUAUCAGCGUAAACUUGCAUCUCAUGCAUACUUACAUAUGCAUGCAAACAGGAUAAAUAAAUCUACAAGCUUUGAAUACCUUUAUGUCUACAAUGUUAAUUAUGAGAUGACUCUCUUUAUACGGUAAUAUGUAUAAUAUUGUGACAUUAUUAAUAAAACUGAGACUCUUUUAUGGAAA